GCCGCUGGGACUUGGGCCAGGGGAGCUGGUGUCAACAUUAACCUAGUAGCUCUCGCUGCUGUCUUGUUUUGUGUUGUCUGCACAACCCCUUCGUCCCCUGGGGUUGUGACUUUACCCAGACGUGCUUUUUCCUUUUCCGGAGUGUGAAUCUACUCUGAUGUCCCUGGAGUUACCACACGGAUAAUCGAGGUCAUGGAAAUUUGAGCCUUACCACAGUGGCACACGGCAUUCCCCCGCAUUACGAAGACGGCAUGGGGUAUGAAAAUAAAGAUGGAGCAGAACCAUGCUCUCCUUUCAAGUUGCCUUCCAGCUGGCUGGUUUUUGGACACCUGUAUUCCUUGUCUUGCCAAUCCCUGAAGAGGAGGAAGGUACCUCAGCCUUGAAGGGAUCCUUUUCAUUUAGAGUCCGUGUCUUCUCUUAAGUAAUUGAUCACCGUGCACCCGGGGACACCCAAUUCACAGCCGAGUGGGAUCAGCCUUCAUGAAUAAUCAAAAUGCUGUGGCCACGCUGCUGCAGGAGUGCAAGCAAGCUCUGGACGCGCUCCUGUCGGCAAAGGCUGACACGAGUGAGGAAGACGAGCGAGAAUACCGGCGGUGCCAAGCUUUGCUUCCUGAGGACUUGAGGACCCUUCUGGAGGAGGCAAAGGAAAUGAAGUGGCCCUUUGUGCCGGAGAAGUGGCAAUACAAACAAGACCUCGGCCCGGAAGACAAAACAAACCUGCAAGAUAUGAUCAGCGUAAGGCUCCCCGAUUUGCUGGUUUAUUUGAAAGCCUCCAUCAUGGUCAAGGACUGCGUAACGGCGGCUGCUAUUGUCUUCCUGAUCGACCGGUUCCUCUAUUGGAUUGAUGCCUCCAGCAAACUUCUUCAGAUCGCCAAGGGCUUGCACAAGCUCCAGCCCACCACGCCGAUCGGUCCUCAGGUGCUCAUCCGGCAGGCUCGCCUCUCCGUCAACACAGGUAAACUUUUAAAAGCUGAAUAUAUCCUAAGCAACCUCAUUAACAACAACGGAGCAACAGGUACCUGGCGAUACGCUAAGGAAAGCGACAGGAUUCUCGUUCAGUCAGUCUGCUUACAAAUCAGAGGACAGAUUCUGCAAAAGCUUGGGAUGUGGUAUGAGGCAGCAGAGUUGAUCUGGGCUUCGGUCGUGGGAUAUUUCAAACUUCCUCAACCAGAUAAAAAGGGAAUUGCUACUUCCUUGGGUAUUAUGGCAGACAUAUUUGCUUCCAUGAAUGACAAGGAUUACGUCCGGUUUAAAACCAGUGCUGAGAUUGAUCUGAGCCUUCUCCGAGAGUUCGGUCAUCGCUUAUUAUCAGCUGCUGAGGCCUGCAAACUCGCGGCAGCCUACAGCCAGUACACCCCACUGUUUGUCCUCACAGCCGUGAACAUCCGUGGGGUGUGUUUGCUAUCCUACAGUCACUCCAAGGACUGUCCCCCAGAAAAGAGAAAGUUCUACCUGUCCGAAGCCAAAGAAUCCUUUGAGAUCGGCCUCCUCACCAAGGACGAUAACAGUCCCAUCACCAGCAAGCAGGAGCUCCAUAGUUUUAUUAAAGCGGCUUUCUGCCUCGCAACCGUGCAUCGAUGGCUCUACGGGGAGAGCGAGAACCUCCGUGAGGUGCGUCAGCUGUGUAAAGAAGCCAUGGGAAAACUGCAUUCCUACAGCACUUCAUCGACAGAAGAGGAAGAGAAAGGAAUGCUUGCCAAGGAGAUCAUGUCUCUGAUCGCAUCCGUGAAGAAGCGCCUGCGGGUGGAAAGCUUCCCUAAUUCUGAUGCUAGGUCUUACGUUCCAGACGGUUGCAAAGGCACAGUGGAAAAGCCUAUCCUGCAGCAGGAAGUCAGCUUUGAGAAGAUCCUUGCCAUGCAUUCUCAGCAUCAUCUGUCAGUGUGUGAAGUGUUUGAAAAUACUUGCAGGCUUCAUAAAACCGCACCAGGAGAAACCCAAGUGGGAGUUUGUAUCACAACCUUAAGAACAGAAACCAAAACCGUAGACACUGUGUGUACUACUGAGGACACAGCGUACCAGAGGAAAGGCGCUGCGAAAAUGCCAAAUUCACCAGCAGCAGGAAGUAGCUCAGAGAGACUCAGUGGCCAAAGAAAUAAAUACAUCGGUUCUGAUGUGAUGAAAAUUUCCUUCGAUGAAGAGACUGAGCCGUUCGAAAUCGAAAAAAAUGAUGAGAACAGUGCUUUCAGCAGAUGGCAAAAGAGGAGUCAAAGCACGACUUCUGACAGCUCUUGGUGCAAGCUUUCAAAAUCAAGUUACUCUUCCAGCUGGGAGGAACUAAACUCUAACAGCAGCAAAGAGUCUCCCAGGGAAGGGCAGCAGCAGGAAAAGGGCUCAGCGGAGGAGCAGUGUUGCACAACAGAAUCUGAUGAAAACGGUCAGGCUGCAUACUUGAGCUCACUACCUCCCAGAGCCUGGCGUCCGUCCCCUCGAGAGCCUCCGCAGAGCCGUCGGGGAUCUCCUCAACCUUCCUUAGAGGUAGCUGGGAGGCUGGUAGAGAAGGCGGCUCUUUGUGGAGAAGAGCUACGGGAGGGAAGACACGGUGGAAAGAGCUCGUCAGAAAAGAAAGCGCAGGAGGUGAACAACGCGGUUCCUUCCCUCUCCACCCCUUACUCUGUUCCUACCAGGCUGGAGGAAGAGGAGGAGGAGGAGGAGUCCUCCUCCCGGGCAGAGCUGGGCUGCAGGACCAAGGACAGCGGCAGGGAGGGUGGUGGGACCCGCAGCCGGUUGGGGUGGGUCGACCCAGAAGGAGAGACCGCAGAGAGCACCGAGGAUCCCUCCUUCGAGGCACGACCCCCCCCAAACAGGGAUGCUUCCGUACUACCAACGAGCAUCGAGCCGAAAAUGGCCGGCGACUCCUCUGUGCGUGACUGGCUGAGGAAAUCUGCCGUGGUGGGAAACGGAUCUCUCAAAGUGCCUGAAGUUGACGGCCAAGCAGAAACAGUAGAUGACACUGAAUUUGAUUUCAUCAGCAUUGGAGACCUAGUAAACAAUUCUCCUACGGCAUCUGUUCCGGAGCAUCAGUCCAGUGCACCAACAGCUUUGUCCUCGGGGGGAAAGGUAUCCAUAACUGAGCACUUUAAUUGUGCCACUACUGAAGAAGAUGAAGAAAAGUCUCAGGAUGUGGUGAGCAGCAUGAGACAAUCCAGUUCAUCUCUGAGUUCCUGGUACAAAGCGGGACAGAUGCCCAGGAGUUCCCCUGAAAGUCCAUUUCUGAGCACAAGGGGAAGUGGUUUCAUCUUCACGCCUGGGAGAACGAAGGAAGAAGUCCUUGACGCUCGAUUUCUGAAGGAUGAUGAUUACAUGCAGCUUCUGGCAGGGGUGGAGCAUAAUUGGCUUGUCCAGAGACUGGUGCCUGCUGGAAUUUUUAAGUCUAAACAGCUUCGUAAAGCAUACUCUGCUCUUCUUCUAAAAUACUCGAAGAAAUCAGGCCUCUGGACAGGCCAAGAAACGGCUGUAUUCAUUGGAGACUACCUGAACGUGGCAAAGGAAGGCAAACAGAGAAGUGCAUUUUGGAUACACUUUCUGCACCAAGAAGAAAGUCUGGGCAGGUACGUUGGGAAAGAAUAUAAAGAAGAAAAAGGACUUCUUCAUCAUUUCAGUGACGUGGAACGGCAAAUGACUGCCCAGUACUACGUGACAGAAUUCAACAAAAGGCUGUAUGAGCAAAAGCUCCCUACGCAGAUCUUUUAUAUCCCAUCUGCAGUACUCCUGAUACUGGAAGACAGAACUAUAAAAGGAUGCGUGAGCGUGGAGCCCUACAUCCUCGGGGAGUUUGUGAAGCUGUCCAAUAACACGAAGGUAGUGAAGAAUGAGUACAAAGCCACAGAGUACGGUCUGGCCUACGGCCAUUUCUGCUACGAGUUCUCCAACGGAACAGACGUUGUCGUUGACCUGCAAGGUUGGGUGACGGGUAACGGGAAAGGCCUCAUCUACCUCACGGACCCCCAGAUUCAUUCCCUUAAUAGCAAAGAUGUUUCACGCUCCAACUUUGGGAAGAAAGGAAUUUAUUACUUCUUUAAUAAUCAGCACGUGGAGUGCAAUGACAUCUGUCGCUGCCUUCGUUUAACAAGACCGUCGGUAGAGCUGCCGAUGUAGACUCGCACAAGGCAGUCACACAACGAACGACCAAAGGAUCGACAUGAUCUUAUGAUCCUACACACCUUUAGGAACAUAUUGUCUUUGUGAGAACGCGUGAGUCGGGUCAGUCAUUACUUGCAUGAGUUUGGCACGUUCCGGUCUUUGCAUUCAGGCUGGUAAUACCACGUUGCCGUCUUGUGUACCCUCCGAACCUCAUGUUAUUAUAGCCAUCUGUAAGAAUUAACAGAAGAGCUUAAAAAGAGUAAGAAAACAGCCUCCCAAAUUCAGCAUGAGGUGUACUACGAGACGGUAUAAACUUCUAAUCCAUUCAGACCCAGUGAGGGCAAUAGGCACCGUCUGCUCUGUGCAAACGGAGUAUGAGGUGGAGUGAGACAGAAGCGGAGAGUUGUAUUUCAGCCAUGUGUAAAAUGUUCAAAAACUUGUAUAAAUGCUUCGGGGAACAAAUGGUAAUGUUUUGAUUCACUUCAAAAAUAACGAAGUUGCUUUCAGGAGCAUGUGUGUGUAUGUGCGUGUGUGGCCACACAACAUCUAAAUGGGUGGACACGCGGUUUUAACUGUAACAGCCAAGAAAACUGUGCUGCUCUGCAAGGAAAAAAUAAUGUUCUUGAACCGCGAGAUGCUUUACGUGAGUAAUUUAGGACUACUACAUUUAACAAACUCUCAGAAGACUUUUCCAAGAGAAGAACAGUUCUCCCUUAAGGACAGCCCGUCUCUUCUGCCUGUGAUGAAGCUGUGAGCACCGCGGACUUGGUGUCCAAUUCUAUAGCUAAUUCCCACAAAGAAUCUCACUGGGCACGAGGGUGGCUGCUUCUACGAGGAGCCCAGCGUCUACCGAGCGGAGUAAGCGGCCUCAGCGCCGGUUUUGGUUCCAACAAGCACCCCUUCCCCUCGAGCCUCACAGAGCUGCGAGGUGGAAGGCGAUUUACUGUCACGCGUGCAAACAGGUGCAACUUUGUCCUUCAACGCCGGCAUUUUAGCAGUGGUUUUGUGAUUGGUUGUGGUUGUUAUCGAGCAUGCUUAGCCCCUGAUUUUUAACACCGGGACUAAACAGCCCCUGGCAUGUAGGCUGGCCACAUGCUGCAGUAAGGCCUGCCUGGGUUAGAGGCAGCUGCAGCCUUUUGCUUUUUAUGAAACAAUCUUUUGUGGGUUUGGGGUUUUUUGUUGUUGUUGUUGUUCUGUUGUUGUGGUUUUGUUGUUUUUUUUUUUUUAACUAAAGCUUGCCAUUCAUUCAUGUGACCUCCUUCGCCGCCUACAGCAGUUCACACACUGAUAGCCACACACCUACCUCCAAGAGACCCAGCGCGUAGAGUCACUCUGUCACAGUAAAUUUCAGAAGCGCAUAGAGAAAAGCGCUGCCCUCCCAACUUUGUGAAUUCUAGCCCAACAGCUGAAAGCUUACUGUUUUUUUCCCGCACAGGCUAGUUAGCUGAAAGGAGUCAAACCCGCUGGCGUGGUCGGAUAACGUAUACAUACGCAGUAGGGAGAACAGCCGUAAAAAAAGAGGGGACGGGAGCACCUCACGCAAAACGCUGCGCCCCUUCAAUGCUGAAUUAAGCCAACCGGCGCGUCUGCUUGAAAUUAGAACCCCCCCAACCUAUUGACAAUAUUACCCAAAUUCGGACUCUGAUGAAAGAAGCGUUUUCAAAUCAAAGAUGCCGACUAAUUUUGUCCUAAAAAAAAUUCCGCUGUCCAUUUCCCAUCAACUGCGGAUGGGCUUUUUAUGAAUUAUCUGGCCAGGAGGAGUGGGCUUCAACCUUCAUUUCCGACGGGUGAUGAACCUGCAUGUGGUUACAGGAGGCUGUCGGGGAUGCGUUGCAGAUUUUGAUUAAAAGCAGAGGGCAUAUCUUUGCAUCUACAGCUUGCAGCUGGUUUUCUAUUCCCCAGGAGAAGGAAAGCCAUCUUAUAUCCUUCCAGCACAUCUUUCCUGGUGUUAGUAGCCUCACCGACAGGCAGAAAAGCUGCUUCUGGGGAAAUUCAAGCAACAGUUAUGUAUGUAUUCCCCUUAACAGUGCCACAUGACGCGCAGGACUGGAGCUAACAUUUGACACUGCCUCUCCAGCCAAAAGAAACUAUGACGAGACCUAGAUUUUUCUCUUCCAAGACCGUGCCAGCACCUCCAAAAUAUGAGUGUCCACACUCUCAUCGUCAGCAGCAAAAAGCUGCCUUCGUUUCAAAUUCUCUUUUCCUCCGAAGCCCUGACCGCCCCCGAGCUCAAAGGCCGGGAUCGGUUCUUUUGGGGAGUUUUUCCUGGUGAGCAAGGGAGCACAGCAUCAAACCUCCACAAAAAGAUGGGUCCCCAGCGGAGAAUUAGCUUUAACAAAACCGUCCCGCUUUUGUUUCUGCAGCCAGCGGAGAUUUUUAGGCUUUUGUCCCCGCUUUUUAGCAAUGCUAUUGUUUUCUAUGUGAUGUUUGUGCCGAGUUGUUUGGAAGGAUGCCCUAUCACUGCGCUGACCGAUUAGAACUAGGUGUAAAGAGGGAGAAGCAAGAGAGGAAGAAAAAGAAAAAAAAAAGAAAAAAAAAUUAAAUCUCUUUAUUAUGGUGCAUAAACCUUCAGUGUUGGGGAGCUGGGCAGCUGCGCAGGAAGAAAAA